CCUUCAGUGGGAGGGGACAGCACGAGCAAGCAUGGCAGCAGGAGUUUUUACCAAAGGUUUGUGCGGGUUCCGCCAGCCCCGGAUUGUUGCAGCUGGAUACUCCUGUAGUGGACCUCUCUAUGCGACUGCUACCGCAGUCAAAACACUCCCUUUGCAAACUGACAGCACGGCUGUCACUGACAAGAUCCAGAACUUGCCUCUUGAAAUGCCAGAUUUCUUUCGCUUGUCAGAACUCUUCUCCUUGAAAGAUCUAUUCGAUGCCAGAGUGCACCUUGGACACAAGAAAGGCUGCAGACACAGGCUGAUGGAGCCCUAUCUGUUCGGCAGUCGUCUGGACCAGGACAUCAUCGACCUGGACCAGACAAUGGAGCACCUCCAGAGCGCCCUGAACUUCACCGCCCACAUCGCCUACCGCGGCGGAAUCAUCCUCUUCGUCUCCCGCCGCCGACAGUUCGGCCACCUGGUGGAGAGCACGGCAGGGGACUGCGGAGAAUAUGCCCACACACGCUACUGGCAGGGUGGUCUGCUCACCAAUGCCCCAAUCCAGUACGGCCCGGGGGUCAGGCUGCCUGACCUCAUCGUCUUCCUCUCAACGCUCAACAACGUCUUCCAGCAGCAUGUGGGAGUCCGUGAUGCGGCCAAGAUGAAUAUACCCACGGUGGGGGUAGUGGACUCUAACUGCAACCCCAGCCUGGUGACAUACCCGGUGCCUGGGAACGAUGACACACCAGCCGCAAUGGAGCUGUACUGCCGCCUCUUCAAGAUGACCAUCAACAGGGCCAAGGACAAGAGGAGGCAGAUGGAGCUGCUCCAGGGUCUAUCACCAGCGGGCCUCACACCGGGCUCCUCGUGAGAGGCGCUGGUGGAAUUAAUGAAGGGCCCCUUUUUGAGUUAUUUGAAAAUGCAUUCUUCAAUUUUACUCCCUUGAAGUUAACCCUGAUCUGAAAUGAUAGGAUAGGUGAAAUCUCUGCCUUUUGGCUAAGAUCAAGUGUAGUAUUUGAAAGCAAGUGUUCCACUUCAUUGUUUACAACAACAUAACAAAUAAAUUGUUAUUGGUCGGGUGUAUCGAAAUGCUUGUGUUCCUAGCUCCAACAGUGCGGUAGUAUCUAACAGUUCACAGCAAAAAAAACACAUCUCAAAGUAAAAUAAUGGAAUUAAGAAAUAUAUAAAUAUUAUGUUCAUGUCAGAUUAGGGAUUUAUGCCAAGGAAGGGUGGGUAAAGCAAGCAUUUAGGUGCGGCAGGUAGCCUAGUGGUUAGUGUUGGGCCAGUAACCGAAAGGUUGCUAGAUCAAAUCUCCGAGCUGACAAGGUAAAAAUCUGUCGUUCUGCCCCUGA